AUGGAGUCGCUGUUCUUCAAUGUCGAGGUUGGGUUCCUGGAGGGCAUUGUUCGUGGCUACAAGGCUGGCAUUCUUACAAAUACAAACUACCUCAAUUUAAUUCAAUGCGAAACACUGGAAGAUUUCAAGCUGCAACUCGCUGCCACGGAUUAUGGAAACUUUUUGCAGAAUGAGCCUUCUCCAAUUGCCACAACAACCAUUGCGGAAAAGGCCAGAGAGAAACUCAUCUCCGAGUUUAAUUAUCUUCGUACUAAUUCCAAUCGACCUUUGUCAACUUUCUUGGACUAUUUAACGUAUGCGUAUAUGAUUGACAAUGUCAUUUUGUUGAUCACUGGAACACUCCAUGAGCGUGACACACUCGAACUGCUUGAACGAUGCCAUCCUCUGGGUAUGUUUGACUCUAUAGGUGCUCUUUGUGUUGCUACUAGUGUUGCCGAGCUUUACAAUACGGUUCUGGUUGACUCUCCCAUUGCUCCCUACUUUGAAAAAUGCUUGUCUGCCCAUGAUCUGGAUGAAAUGAAUAUCGAGAUUAUUCGCAACACUCUUUACAAGGCAUAUUUAGAAGACUUUCACUCAUACUGCGAGAGCCUUGGUGACCCUACUGCUGAAGUCAUGGGAGAGAUCCUUCAGUUUGAGUCGGAUCGUCGUAUCAUCAACAUUACCAUUAAUUCAUUCAACACUGAACUAACCAAGGAUGAUCGAGCCAAACUAUUCCCCACUAUUGGCAAGUUGUUUCCUGAUGGUGUAGCACGGCUUGCACGAGCUGACGACGUUGAUCAAGUGCGACUUACCAUCGAAGGCUACCCUGAGUAUCGACCCUUUUUUGAUAUCCCUGUUGGCUCUGACCGCUCUCUAGAAGACAAGUUUUUUGAGCACGAAGUGUUUUUGAACAAGAGAGCAUUUAACCAGCAGUUUCAAUUUGGUGUGUUUUACAGUUAUUUGAAACUCAAGGAACAAGAGAUUCGCAACAUUGUGUGGAUUGCAGAGUGCAUUGCCCAGCAACAAAAGGAUCGAAUCAACAGUUUUAUUCCCAUCUUUUGAAUAAAGCAAUUUCCUUUUUU